GGGGUGACGUCCUCAUUCGUGACUGUGAAAUUCGUGGUUCUAAAAGCGCGCAACUCACUGUCCACUGCUGUUCCCAAGUGGACUGGCGUGUGGAUUAACGUGUGAAAUGAGUUGUAGCCCAUUAGGUGUUCCUGAAAGGUGCGACAGACAGUAGGCCUACAGAAACCUUAUUACGAACAAUUUGUCCAGGCGUGUACCACGCGCCCAUGGCUCCAGACAAUGCAAUUUUCGCGUUACUUUUAAGAAAUAUUUUUUUAUGACAUUCUAAGCAACUAUAACACAGAACUGUUACAAGGGCGCUGGCAGAUUUUCUCACGCGCUAUUGAGCAGAUUUAUGGUCUUAGUGUGUAUUGAGAAUAACAAAAGCUAUGAAAUGUCCACUGGAAAACCCUAUAAAACAAGUAAAAUUGGACCCGGAUCAACAAGUGGGGGUCCAGACCAACUUGGCCCCUCCCAAGAAGGUCCAAUCAGGGAUGAUCCAGUCUAGCCUUGUCCAGGCCAGUGUGGGGGCCAUGCAGAACCCCAUGGGCUGUAAUUCCAAGGGGGCCAACGGCCACUGCCCCUUACCCCGGCUCUCCGUCUCCUCCCGCUCCGCAAGCGUGGUGGCCAGCAUGGACACAACCGGCGACCUCUCGGCCCACCACUCUGUGAUGAAGUGGAAGACGGUGGUGGCGGUUUUUGCGGUGGUUGUAGCCUUCUUGGUGGGGGGCGGCCUGGCCUUCCGCGCCCUGGAGCAGCCCUUCGAGAGCAACCAGAAGGACAGCAUCACCCUUGAAAAAACGUUGUUCCUGCGGAGGCACCCAUGUGUCACGCCUCCUGAGCUGGAAGCACUGAUCAAGCAUGCCAUAGAUGCUGUCAGUGCAGGAGUCAGUCCGAUCGGAGACACAUCUUACAACUCCAGUCACUGGGACCUGGGAAGUGCCUUCUUUUUUGCUGGGACCGUGAUUACAACGAUAGGUUACGGGAACAUAGCUCCCAGUACGGAGGGAGGGAAGAUCUUCUGCAUCCUGUACGCCUUAUUUGGCAUCCCACUGUUUGGGUUCCUCCUGGCUGGCAUCGGAGACCAGCUGGGGACCAUAUUUGUCAAGAGCGUCUUGAGGGUGGAGAAGAUAUACAGGCAAAAACAGAAAGAAAUAAGCCAGACCAAAAUCAGAGUUACUUCCACCAUACUCUUCAUCCUGGCCGGGUGCAUAGUCUUCGUCGGUGUCCCAGCGGUGAUUUUCAAGCAUUUCGAGGGAUGGACGACUCUGGAUGCUAUCUACUUUGUUGUCAUCACGUUAACAACGAUUGGCAUCGGAGACUAUGUGGCAGGUGGGGAUCGGAAGAUCAAGUACAUGAAGUGGUACAAGCCCCUGGUCUGGUUCUGGAUCCUGGUGGGUUUGGCCUACUUCGCUGCGGUCCUGAGCAUGAUCGGAGACUGGCUCAGAGUGCUUUCUAAAAAGACCAAAGAGGAGGUGGGGGAGUUCAAGGUCCAUGCUGCUGAGUGGAAGGCCAAUGUGCAGAAUGAGUUCCGGGAGACGCGUCGGCGGCUGAGUGUGGAGAUCCACGACAAGUUGCAGCGGGCCGCCACCAUCCGCAGCAUGGAGCGCAGGCAGCUGGGACUGGAGCAGAGGACCCACUCGCUGGACAUGUUCUCCCCACAGAAGAGGGCCUUGUUUGUCAGCCUGGACCAGGGCUGCUUCAAGACCUCCUCCCAGGAGAGCAUUGACACCAAGCUGAAUAACUUGAGGUUGCGAGGGGCAGGGGAGCUUUGUUAUGAGCAGCGGAGAGGCAGCGAGCAGACCCAGCAGGCCUCAUCAGAGAACGAUAAGCUCUUCAACCUCCGCUUCCGGUCCCUCACCAAGCUAACCAAGAGACCCAAGAACCGUGACCUGAAGAGUAACAUUCCUGAUGAUGUGCGGAGGGCCUGCGAGGCAAUGGAGAAGAGGGAGGAGGACAUGGAGGAGGUGAAGGAGGAGGAAAGGGGCGAGAGGAAGAAGGGCAACACCAGCUUGACACAUUUAGAGUACGCAGACGAGCGCAUUAAUAAACUGAACGGUUUUGUACUGGCUCAGGCCAAAGAGAGGGAGAACGCUAGAAUGUUGGAAGGAAGAGAGCUUGAGUCCCAGCUAGAGUGUGCAGAUACCGAGACUGAGUGAGAGAGAAGAAUACUUUUUUUAUGUCUCAAAAUGUGCCUUGCUGUUGUUUCUACGCUUAGACUGUUCUGAGUAAAUGGGACUGUUCUGUUCAAAAUCAGUCACUGUGCUCUAGCAAUGUAAAGACUAAUGUUGCCUAAAAGUGGAGAGAAAAGAGACCGAGGCUUGGGUCUAAUUUGGUGAAGACCUAUUUUCUCUUGGAUAGUACUGGACCUACCAGAAUCUCCUUUCCUUUUUAAAGAACACCCACUUGCUACCCAGCCCCAACCCACCCCCCAACAAUAUCCAACAAAAAAGACGUGGGAUAUAUCUUCUCCUUGUUAACUGAAGGUUAGCAAGUAACCCAGUGAACUAGUGUUUCACCAUCCCAAUGAAAUUUGCACCAACUAUAUAAAUCUUUACUUAUUAUUAUUCAUUUCACACCAGAUAUUUUUAGCCCAGGCUGCUGAACAAAUAUGACUUGAGGGGAACUGUAUCGAUAUACAAUGUGUGCAUUUACUGAAAUUAUGUGUACAUUUAUUGAUACAUUGGUUAUGAAAUGUAGCCCUAGGAUAAUCUACUAAUCUUUUAUAACAAAACCCUCUGAUUGUGUAUGCUUUUGACACUAAAGCUGUCAAUAUAAAGUAUAGAAACCUUAAAGUUCAGGGCCAGCUGUCCUCUUGUAAUUUCAAAAAACAAAUGAAAUGUACUGCAUUAACAUUUAGUACUGUUGAAGUGGAACAUCUAGAAAAUGAAGGGAUUUUAAGGGCAAUUUAAAAAAAAAAUACUUAUGAGGUUUUGAUGACCAUUGAACCCAAUUCAUUUCUGUACAUCAUAAGAAUGAUUUAUUAGUAUGACAUUUUGUUACUUUGUUCUUUGCUUGAAGAUGAUUUGAUUAUGAAUUAUUUUACACAGCAUACAGUAUGUAUGUGUGUACUGUAGUUUCCUGCAGUUGAAUGUUUUCUUUCACAGUAAAUGGAAUAUGACUUUUCUUGUCCACACCAUGUGCUGUGCACUGUAUGUAUUGGUGUUUUCCCCUCACACAGUCAGACGAUGCAUUGCAUUCACCCAGACCAGGGAAGGAACUUUCCCUAUGGCUGUAUUCACUUCGCAGAUCAAUGUUUUUGGUCUUCUGCUAUGUCUUUGUCUCAUUGAUGUACUUCCUGAGGUUUUACUCAAUGAAAUGUUUGUCAAUUUGUUCCAAUUUGCUAUUUAUAUUUUUUGUUCAUUUUUAUUUUACGGAAUUGAGGUCUAGUCAUCAGAAACACUUUUUGAAUGGUGGCUAAAUCACUUACCUUUGAAGAUGUUCCUCUGUUUACAAUCACAAGGGUCCCAGCUCCAUAACAAAUGGUCCUUUUGUUCGAUAAAGUCCUUCUUUCUAUCCCAAAAAAGUCAAUUUAGUUGGCACGCUUGACUCAGUUAUCCACCGGUUUCCCUCAUUCAAAAUGAAUACAAAUGAAUCCCGAAAGUUACCAAUAAAUUUAGUCCAAACAAGUCAAACAACGUUUCUAAUCAAUCCUCAGGUACCCUAAUAUGGAAAUAAACAAUAAAAAUUUAAGUUUAAGACAAUAGUAUGUUCAUUACUGGAGAUAAAUAACGAAGUGCGCACCCUCACUGAUGUGCGCCACAACACUACAGCCAAAAUAGGAGCCACCUUGAAAAAAUACAAAUUCAAGCAAAAUUUUCAAAAAACAAGCCUGAAACUCUUUCUAAAGACUGUUGACAUUGGCUGGAAGCCCUAGGGACUAAAAUCCGGGAGGAUUUCCAUUGAUUUCACCAUAGACAUAUUUUAAAUGGUGUCACCACCAAAAAUAAUAUUUUGGGAUGGAUUCUCCUCGGGUUUCCGCCUACUGUUUCAGUUAUGUUAUACUCAAAUACAUUAUGUUUUGGAAACUUUAGAGUGUUUUCUAUCCAAUUCUACCAAUUAUAUGCAUAUCCUAGCUUCUGGGCCUGAGUAACAGGCAGUUUACUUUGGGCACCUCAUUCAUCCAAACUUCCGUAAUACUGCCCCCUAUCCCUAAGUUAAGGAUAGUAGUAGCCUGUUACACUCUUUAUCAUGCAUGUUUGUACAUUGUGCGUACACAGGUAUUUAUACCCUGAUGCAGUCAUUACUAUACCUGAGCAUGACUCAUAUCUACCACCAUCGUUCUGGCCCAAAUGUUGUAGGCCGCUAAGUGCGCUGGCCAGCGGUCGAGCAGUGUAAUAUCUUGCGACACUCAAAUGGCGUCAGUCUGUCGGGGACUUUCAUCAUUUAGCAUAUAUUUCACAGGAGAACAGCACAUUUUUUAGAUGAUUACUACUGCUAACCCUAACCAUAAUCCUAAUUAGAGGCGAUAUUAGCAUGUAAAUCUUGGUGGGGCAAAAAAUAUACAUAUAAAAUUGGAAUGCGUGCCAGCAAAGCCACUACACAAUACUAAACAAUACAUUAAUUGCACAAUAACAGUGACAAACUGUUGGGACAGCUUUAUGUAGGCCCUAACAGCAGUCCCAACAUCUUACAUACCUCACAUUUUGGCAUUUGCUGUAUGAUCGAUGAGAAACUCCAUAUUGCAAAUGUACGGUCCCUUACUAGACGUCCGCGAAUGUUUGUAAAAUUCGCCGAUGGCGGCGGGCCGUGCACCGGGGCCAGAUCUUCCGGGAAGUCCGCUGUCCCGGUAAAUUCCACCAGAUGGCGAAUGGAAUCUUAUUGCAAAUGUACAAAACAUCAAUCACGACAUGGCCAUUUCUCCUAAACGGAAAAGACUUUGAAGACGAAACUUGGUGAGCAUAGGUUUGGACUAAUUGGCUGUUAGCCCCGAAAAAGAUGACGUCGAGGCCUCAGCACUUUUUGAGUUAAGGCCAUUUUUCUGGGAUUAAAGGUCAAAAACAAAAAUAGAGCACUAAUUUGACCACUUCAUGUCAAAGUACAUGAACCUAUGGUGUAAGGGUGAAAAGAACCAGCCAUUUAUCUAUCGUAAUUUAAGAGAAAUCGUAUAAUGUACAAUUGGUGAUGCUCAAAAAAAGUAGUUUUUCCCCCAAAAAGUUAAAGAUCCAGUUGCGGCGUGUUCAGACGAAUCUGGUAAGGUGUGUUUUGGAGCUCUGAGAUUUCUGUGAUUUUCUGUGAUUUUUUGAAAUCACACACACUCAUUCAACCCUCUGUAAAUCAGUCAGUUCUUAACGUAAAGACUAAAAACUCAAAAUUCUGUAUAAGCCUACCCCAAAGAGGAUAUGUGUUCACUUUCAGCUUCCGGUGUCAACCGGAAGUGCCUUAAAUUGGGGUCAUAGUGGCUGUUUCAAAGGUUUAAAAAGGUCAGAUCUUUUCAAAACUUCAUAUGUGAUUAGGCAACCCUCAUGAACUGUAAAUCAGUCAUUUCUCCCAACAGAUGUCAAAGAAAAGCUCCCACACAAACACACAAACAGCAAUGAUGCAGUGACACAGUGCGGGGAUUAAAGACACACAGAGCCUACAAUGGCAUUACCAUAAUCUCUAGGCUGUGCCGAGUUCAAUGAGAUGCCCCGCUUGACCGUAGCUCACUCGGUCUGAGCGCAAAGACCGUAAAAAAAGUAGGCCCAUAAUGAAGCCUGGCCCUAAAUUUCAGGUGCUUUUGGGUGUCAGCGGGAGAACCUUUAGGGUUAGCAACAUUCUUGAGGUCCUCCCGAUCUGUGCAACCCUAACCUCGACCAUGUGGCAUUAACCCUUAACAGUUAAAAUAAGGUGUUUACAUCAAACACUGUUCCUAGGCCGUCAUUGAAAAUAAGAAUUUGUUCUUGACUUGCCUAGUUAAAUAAAAGUUUUAAAAAAGAAGUUUUUAAACAGUUUGCAAUGACUUCUCUCCCAUAGGAAGACAUUUUUUAUUUUAUACCUUUAUUUAACUAGGAACCGUGGGUUAACUGCCUGUUCAGGGGCAGAAUGACAGAUUUGUACCUUAUCAGCUUGGGGGUUUGAACUUGCAACCUUCAGGCCACUAUGAGGUCUACCUGUGUUGAUUCUAAGCUUCCUGGAUCAACCGGAAGUGGUUAAAUUCACCCUAAAAGUUUUUUGAUGUACCAAACCUGCAGUUUGUGAAAAUCACUGCAUUCAACCCUGUGUAAAUCAGUAAAUUCUUAACGUAAACACUUUAAACUCAGGAUUCUGUAUUCUGUAUAAGUCUACCCCAAUGAGGAUAUGUGUUUACUUUUAGCUUCCUGUGCCAACCGAAAGUGCCCUAAAAUGGGGUCAUAGGGGCUGUUUUGAAGGGUUAAAAAAGUCAGAUCUUUCCAAAACUUAAUAUGUGUGAUUAGGCAACCCUCAUGAACUGUAAAUCAAU